GCUCCGUGACGUCAGAGCAGGAAGUGUUUGAGGAAGUCGCGCCGCCCUGCCGGGGUUAAGAUUCCCGCAUUUUAAUGUUUUUAGGGGGGCGUCAGAGCCCCGGGUUUGGCCGCCCCAGCCCCGCCUCCCCCGCCCUGGGGAUCCCGCCCCCUGCCCCGCGUCCCCGCCGACAGAGUUAGCACGACAUCAGAAUGAGCUGGUCACCUUCCCUGACAACCCAGACGUGUGGGGCCUGGGAAAUGAAAGAGCGCCUUGGGACAGGGGGAUUUGGAAAUGUCAUCCGAUGGCACAAUCAGGAAACAGGUGAGCAGAUCGCUAUCAAGCAGUGCCGGCAGGAGCUCAGCCCGCGGAACCGAGACCGGUGGUGCCUGGAGAUCCAGAUCAUGAGAAGGCUGAGCCACCCCAAUGUGGUGGCUGCUCGGGAUGUCCCUGAGGGGAUGCAGAACUUGGCGCCUAAUGACCUGCCCCUGCUGGCCAUGGAGUAUUGCCAAGGAGGAGAUCUCCGGAAGUACCUGAACCAGUUUGAGAACUGCUGUGGCCUGCGGGAAGGCGCCAUCCUCACCUUGCUGAGUGACAUUGCCUCUGCACUUAGGUACCUUCAUGAAAACAGAAUCAUCCAUCGGGAUCUAAAGCCAGAAAACAUCGUCCUGCAGCAAGGAGAACAGAGGUUAAUACACAAAAUUAUUGACCUAGGAUAUGCCAAGGAGCUGGAUCAGAGCAGUCUCUGCACAUCGUUUGUGGGGACCCUGCAGUACCUGGCCCCGGAGCUGCUGGAGCAGCUGAAGUACACGGUGACCGUCGACUACUGGAGCUUUGGCACCCUGGCUUUCGAGUGCAUCACAGGCUUCCGGCCCUUCCUCCCCAACUGGCAGCCUGUGCAGUGGCAUUCAAAAGUCCGGCAGAAGAGUGAGAUGGACAUUGUUGUCAGUGAAGACUUGAAUGGAACAGUGAAGUUUUCAAGUUCUUUACCCUACCCCAAUAAUCUUAACAGUGUCCUGGCUAAGCGACUGGAGAAGUGGCUGCAGCUGAUGCUGAUGUGGCACCCCCGGCAAAGGGGCACGGAUCCCACGUACGGGCCCAACGGCUGCUUCAAGGCCCUGGAUGACAUCUUAAACUUAAAGCUGGUUCAUAUCUUGAACAUGGUCACAGGCACCAUCCACACCUACCCUGUGACAGAGGACGAGAGUCUGCAGAGCUUGAAAGCCAGAAUCCAGCAGGACACGGGCAUCCCAGAGGAGGACCAGGAGCUGCUGCAGGAAGCGGGCCUGGCUUUGAUCCCCGAGAAGCCUGCCACUCAGUGUAUUUCAGACAGCAAGUUAAAUGAGGGCCGCACAUUGGACAUGGAUCUUGUUUUUCUCUUCGACAACAGUAAAAUCACCUAUGAGACUCAGAUCUCCCCACGGCCCCAACCUGAAAGUGUCAGCUAUAUCCUUCAAGAGCCCAAGAGGAACCUUGCCUUCUUCCAGCUGAGGAAGGUGUGGGGCCAGGUCUGGCACAGCAUCCAGACCCUGAAGGAGGAUUGCAACCGGCUGCAGCAGGGACAGCGAGCUGCCAUGAUGAAUCUCCUCCGGAACAACAGCUGCCUCUCCAAGAUGAAGAAUUCCAUGGCUUCCAUGUCUCAGCAGCUCAAGGCCAAGUUGGAUUUCUUCAAAACCAGCAUCCAGAUUGACCUGGAGAAGUACAACGAGCAAACCGAGUUUGGCAUCACAUCAGAUAAACUGCUGCUGGCCUGGAGGGAAAUGGAGCAGGCUGUGGAGCUCUGUGGGCGGGAGAAUGAAGUGAAACUCCUGGUGGAGCGGAUGAUGGCGCUGCAGACCGACAUCGUGGACUUGCAGAGGAGCCCCAUGGGCCGGAAGCAGGGGGGGACACUGGAUGACCUAGAGGAGCAAGCAAGGGAGCUCUACAGGAGACUAAGAGAAAAGCCGCGAGACCAGCGAACUGAGGGUGACAGUCAGGAAAUGGUGCGGCUGCUGCUUCAGGCAAUUCAGAGCUUCGAGAAGAAAGUGCGAGUGAUCUAUACACAGCUCAGUAAAACUGUGGUUUGCAAGCAGAAGGCACUGGAACUGCUGCCCAAGGUGGAAGAGGUGGUGAGCUUGAUGAAUGAGGAUGAGAAGACUGUUGUCCGGCUGCAGGAGAAGCGGCAGAAGGAGCUCUGGAAUCUCCUGAAGAUCGCUUGUAGCAAGGUCCGUGGUCCCGUCAGUGGAAGCCCGGAUAGCAUGAAUGCCUCUCGACUUAGCCAGCCUGGGCAGCUGAUGUCUCAGCCUUCCACGACCUCUGACAGCUUACCCGAGACAGCCAAGAAGAGUGAAGAACUGGUGGCUGAAGCACAGAACCUCUGCACUCUGCUAGAAAAUGCCAUACAGGACACUGUGAGGAAGCAAGACCAGAGUUUUACGGCCCUAGACUGGAGCUGGUUACAGACAGAAGAAGAAGAGCACAGCUGCCUGGAGCAGGCCUCAUGAUCUGGGAAGACUCAACCCCCUGACAUGGGGAUGCCUGGAACAGGCCCCAUGAUGUGGGGCUGCCUGGCCACGGCUCUCCGUGAUGGCUCCUGCUGCACUGAUGUCCCAGUAUUCUCUGGUAUCCAGAUGGAGCUCUCACUUCCCCAGCAGCUGUGACUUUCACCCAGGACCCAGGACCCAGGGCGCAGCCCUCCGAGGGCACUGCCGGUGCCUUGUCUACACACUGGAGGUCCUCCAUGGAAGAGGCCCAGGCACGAUGCCGGCCCCACGAGCAUUCAGGGGUACAGCCAUGGCAGCUCCUUCCUCUGCUGUGAGAAAAGUGCCUAGAGUACAGUUAGCCACACACGUGACUGGACAGUGUCCAACUCAAAUCUUUCCGGCCAGAGUCGGAGCAGCGCUUGAUGCCAGCCUGUCCUCCCCUGCUCUCCAGCAGCCCUGCUCCCUGUCCUCUCUCACUUUACAGCUUGUGUUUCUUCUGGAUUCAGCUUUUCCUAAACAGACAGUUUAAUUAUAGGUGUGGCCUGGCCCCAUCCUCUCUUCCUUUUUUUAUUUCACUGCUGCUAAAAUUGUGUUUUUACUUACGACUUUGGUGGCUGUCCUCCUUUCAGCAAAGUUGGGAGUGCCAAGCUCUCCAUCCGUGGCCCUUUUAGCCACAGAGUGACUCACGGUAGCCAGGAUGGGAGAGCAGCUGCCUUUUCCAAGUCCCAAAGAUUACCUGAGGGUGACUGUCACAGCGAAGGAGGGACAAAAAGGGUAUCUGCUGCCCACCAGCCCGCUGACCACCAUGCUCACGCCUCCGUUCCUACUCAGGCAUGUGUGUGUGGCAGUGCCAGGCCAGGGGGUCCCUGCCUCUCACAGCAUCUAGCAGUAUUAUUAAAUUGAUUCAUUUUAAAAAUAGCUUCUAUAUUUUGUUACAUGUAACCCAAUAUGUAACACUCAUAUUGAGUUCCACAAAUCACUGUUAGAGUAUCUAUGGUUAGGGCUUCUGAACGAAAAUAAUGGAAAAAGUUAUCAAUUUGUAUAGUGCCCGGACCAUUAAUAGUGCCAUAUCCCUGCUUCUUUAACCUUUCACAGAACUUAUCUUUUAUACAAAGGCAGAAGCACAAAAUGAGUUCAGAUGGUCACAAACGGGUGAGUUUUGUUGGAGAAGAAAGUUGUAGUAGGAAACUUCACAAGGUAGUUUCCAUGGAGAUAGAAUGAAGCAUUCUGUGGUCAAGUAAGUUUAGCGAACGGUUCUUGUUUCACUUGCUCUUUGGAGAUUCACGUUGUGCACUGGGAAAGCAUCUGAAAGGCCUUAUCAUAAAGAAACUGGCUUAACUUUGUAUAAAUUCACUGUUUACCAAUGUCAUUUGACUAUAAAUACAUUUUCUUCUGCUGAUUGUGUGUGUGAAAUGUGUAUCAACAUCCCAAGGAACUAGUGUUUAAUAAAGCACGGUUUUGGAAA